AUGGGACCGAGACACGGAAGCCACAGAGAUGUGGGUCUUGGAGCAGUGUCCUCCGUGGACACUGAGGCCCACCUGCAGGGCGUCGGGACUUCCAGUGAUGAGGGAGACGACAAGCCGAGUUCUUCUAGGUCCUUGGUCAGUGGGGAGAAGGAGCCGGAAUUUUUAUUGCCAGAGAGUGAGAACAGAGAGAAGCAACGUCAGCUUGGAAUGAAGACCCCCUUUCCCAGUGAUCAUACUGUGAAAACAAGGCGGGUCGCAGCACUUUGAAAACAGUUAAAUGAUGGGACAGAAAAGACAAAUGAUUGCUUGCAGAGAACUUACCUCGUGGGCGAUGCCACACCAGGUCCGCAGGUUUGCUACUUACAGAGAGUGGUGGAAACCUUAAAAUAUUUUGAUUGUCAUGGAACUGGCCUUAAAACACAUGUGCUUCUGGAUGCCAAAAGAUGUAUCUUGACUCAGUGGAAAAAGCAUAGUCAUUCAUUUAUUGCCAAAAAUCUGUUCUCAGUGGAAGAUAAAACCUGUACCCCAUGGGAAAUUGACUGGAUAGCAGCAGACAGAGGUACAGCCAUUGUCGUCAUUACCCUCGGCCAGCGCUUCAAACCGCCCCCCAUCAAUGCUUUUGUCUGUAGGGCCAUCGAGGUCAAAAGGCUGUGAAGCCCAGGGACUAAGGCGGCCCUGAAAACCAACACCUCCAGGGAGACGCAUCCGCUCGAUACAGGGGGGCUUGGCGGCCUUCGCGGCUGUAUUCAGAAUCUCACCCUGAACGGUGUUGUUAUUGGUCUCAACGUGGGUAUUUUCGGUUCCUAGGAAGGGACUGUUGCGUAAGGCCUGAAUAAGGCCCAUCCACCUAACUAUGUGACUGGAAAUCAGAUUAAUAGGUUCUUAAACUAUAUUUACUGAAGGAAAAGUAAAUACAUUUAACUAUAAAAAACCAGUACUAGCUGUCCUCUCAGUUGGCCUCACACAUACUGGAAGGAUAGUUUAAUGCAAUCUGAUGUAGGAGGAAUGAGAUUUUAAAAAAUUGAUUGUAGAAAAAUAUACAUAAAAUUUACCAUUUAAAUCCAUUUUAAGGGUACAUUUCAGUGGCAGGAUGUAUAUUCACAAUAUUGUGUAGCCAUCAUCAGGAUCGAUCCCCGGACUCCCCAGAACCUUACCAUCCCGAGCAGACCCUCCGUAGCCACUGAACAGUAAGGUCCUCGACUCUGCCUGACCCCAGGCUCCUCGGAAACAGCGUCCCUCUUUCUGUUUCUGUGAAUUAGGCUAUUCUAGGUAGCUAGGCUAAGUGGAGUUACACAGUCUUUGUCCUUCAAAUUGGCCUCUUUCACUUAGCAUAUGUCUUUAAGGUUCAUCCAUGUCACUGCAUGUGUCAGAAUUUCCUUCCUUUUUAAGGCUGAAUAAUAUUCCAUUAGAUGUAUACCCCACACCUUCUUUAUCCAUUCAUCUGGUGAUGGACACGGCGUUGUUCCCACCUUUUGGCUACUGAAUAGAGGAAGCCGGACAUAAGCGUAUCUCCGGUGAUAAGUAUAAUGACAGAAGUAGUAAAACCUCACCAUUCUUAAUUUAAGAAAUGUGUGGCACACAAAGGAGUUGUCUAAGUGAUUCAAGCUUAGAGAAAAUGUGAUUUGUAGGAGAAAAUCAUAGUAACAGUCUUCUUGCUUAAGAAGAUUAUUUGAAAGUUGAUAACCAGUUGUUCUAGAUGCUAUUAAGAACCAAAGACCACAGUCCAAAACCCUCAAGCUCCUUGAGAGAAACUAAGUAUUAUGUCAAUGUACAGACCCUAAAACCCUGAUUCUUGCUGACCCUAAAAGUGAGGUGAGAUCCCCUCCAGAAGACCUCAUAUGACUUUACAAGCUUUGUUUCUAAAUCUUUUUUUAAAAGUAUCUAUGCUUUCCAUUAAUUUGCUCAAGGUCUUAAGAGUGGAACUAUUGUUACUUGGGGGUGAUUUCCUUGUAUGGAAUAUUUCUUAGUGAGAGGAAAUGAAGUUAUAUUAUUAUAACAAUAGCACAAAGGCCUGGUCAGCCAGGUUAAGAUGGACUCUCAUAAAUGAGGGAACACACAUUAAGAAUCUUUUCCUUCUAUCAAGCUAUCCAUUGAUUCUAAUUCUUCUUAUAGGAAGCUUGCAAAAUAAAUCUAAUUAUUCUUCCAACCAUUGCACUCUUAAAUCGUUACAUGAGUUAUUUUCCCAGCAAGGCUACCUCAAAGUCCUUUAACUUAGUUCUCAUACAAUAAAGUUUCUAGUUUACCCAUCACUGUUCUCUGAUGCACCGAACUGUGUCUCUGUCACUGUACAACAUGCCUUUCACCCCAUCUCACACCUCGACAGAAUGAAGGGCAAAAAUCACGUGAUCAUCUCAGUCAGCGCUGAAAAGACAGCUAACAAAAUUCAAUGUCCUUUUCAACAAACUAGGACUAGAAGGAAACUACCUCAAAAUAGUAAAAGCCAUCCAUAAACAGCCCACGGCCAACAACAUAUUCAGUAGGGAAAGACUGAGAGAUUGUCCCCUAACAUCAGAAAUAAGACAAGGACAUGUACCCCUCUGACCACUACUAUCUAACAUAGUACUGAAAGUUGUAGGCAGAGUAAUUGGAUAAACAGAAAAAUGGGCAAAUCGGAAAAGUGAAAUGAGGAAACGAGCAUACAGAUUGGAAAAGCAAUGCCGUGAUCUUAUAUUUAGGAAAUCCCAAAUAUUCCACACAAAAACUGUUAGAAUAAAAGAAUUUAGUAAAGUUGUAGGACAUAAGAUAUCAGUUGCAUUUCCAUACCCUAAAGAUGAACAAUCUGAAAAGAAAAUUCAGGAAACAAUCUCAUUUACUAUAGCAUCAAAAAGGAUAAAAUACUUUAGAAUAAACUUAACCAAGGAGGUGAAAGACUUGUAAAAUGAAAAAUACAAAACAUUGCUAAAAGAAAUCAAAGAAGAUACAAAUAAAUGGAAAGACAUCCCAUAUUUGUGGAUUGUAAGACUUAGUAUGUUUAAAAUGUUCAUGCUACUAAAAGCAGUCUAAGAUUCAGUGCAGUCCUUUUCAAAAUUCCAAUAGCAUUUUUUGCAGAAGUAGAAAAAAAAAGUCCCCAAAUUCACAUGGAAUCUGAAGGAACCCCAGAUAGCCAAAGCAAUCUUGAGGAAGAAAAAAUUCGGAGGACUCAGACGCCAUGCGCUCCUCUUGUCGCUCUGGAAGGUAAUUCUCAGGUCAUCUCUUGCAAUUGUUCAGGCUUCUAGCGGCCACGGAUGAGGUUUCACAUGGAAUGCUUAAUUCUUUGUAAAUAGAGAUUGUGGGAUGAAGGCAGAGGCUCCUCUAUCUGAAGAGGAGCCCAGGGUUGACUAUCACUGGCCAGAUACGGGACAAUCUGUGCCUUGAAAGGAAUGAUUGCAAUUGUUUGAAACACCUUGAAUGUAGAGAAUUCUUUGAGUUUAUAAGGGAGGCAGGAGAGGGGGAAGGAGAGAAAAACUCAUUUACCAUCACUGCCGGUAGCUAGUACAGGAAAAAUUACCAAUUUUUGGAGUAAAGUAAGGUAAAAGAAUUAAGCAUCUAUAUUGCUUUUCCUGAGGAAAUUGUAUUUCAGGGAAACCAAACAGCUCAAACUGAGGGAAGCUCUCAACAGAGUCCUUGUGGCUGGUAAACGUAGAAAGACUUGGAAAGUCACCAGCUUUUAAACUCCUAAUGAAUUUAUCUGUCUAGGCAAUAAUGAUUCUAAUAGGUGCUAAAAUGAUGGCAGAUAUCUGCAAGGUGCCCAAACACAGAUCGCUUUCUGCCUGUAAAGUGCUGUGCGAUCUCGAAGUCAGCCUGCAACCCCCUGAACCGGCAUUGCCAGAAGGGGGACAGUCUGCUGCCGUGCGCCGCCCUACGUGAUGCAGUCUGAAAUGUUUUUGUCCAAAAUGUUGAGCCAGAAUGUCGUGGAGUCUCGAGAUCUAAUUCCUAGGAUGCAGGAAUCCUAGAAGAGCAGGAGAACAACUGCCCUGAUGAGGAGCAGGUGGAAAGCUCUAGAAGGCGGGAUGUUCUGCAGACCCAUUGCCCUGCUUUCCCCAAAAGUCAAAGGCAGGGAAAUAGGGGACGUUGGGAGAUGACUGUUCUAGAGUAAAAGAUUUAAGAAGUAGAGUGAUGGGUGCCAGGGGCUGGGGGGUGAAACGGGGAGAUGUUCAUGGGUCUGAAGUCUCAGUUGUGCAGGAGGAGUAAGUUCCAGAGACCUGCUGUGCACGGAGCUUCCUGAGUCUGACAAAAACGGAAUGUCGCAGCCCCUAUGAUGGCAGUACUGAAUUGUGCACUUAAAAUUUUGUUGACAGAGUAGAUCUCAUGUUGAGAGCUUUAACCACACACAAAAAAACCUAAACAAACCCAAACCGAAGAGCACAGGGAGAGUCUCCGUGUGUUUAUUACAUGUUUAUUGCCUGGAUUGUGGUGACCACCCCCCAUGGGGGGUGCACGUGCCCAAACCCACCAAGUUGUAUACAUUGAAUAUGUGCACUUUUUAAAUAUUAUACCUGAAUAAAGCUUUCUUUUUUGUUUGUAAAGAGA